AUAAUUACAAAGAAAGUGAAAUAGGCGGAUCUCUUAUAUUCCUUUCAACAUCAUCGGAAUGUAAGCAAUUCUUCCAGAUUAUGAGAAUCUCGAAGAGAAUGCACUGUCUCUUGAGAAGAUCAACCUCACGGUAAAGGAGUACAGGGAAAAAGGUCUCAAGACUCCAGAGAUGAAUGAAAAACAAUUUGAGGCUUUUCAAUUGGGCCUCACACGAAAACUCAGCCUUAUUCAAGGUCCUCCUGGAACAGGAAAAUCCGCAGUUGCCCUAAAUAUCGUUCAGCGAAUUCUUGAAAAGACUUCUUGUACAAUUCUUGUUGUGACAUUCCAAAAGUACAAUUUGGACAAGUUCCUCAUGGAUUGUUCUGCUCUUACGGAAAAAAUUGUAAGAAUUGGUGGAUAUUUGGGUGAUUCUAGACUUGAGAGGUUCACAUUGGAUAAUACUGUUCAAGAUCCUCGAAUUCAUCGUAUUAGACGACAAUGUAUUGCUCAGUAUGAAAAUUUAAUGAACAUUUUUGCUGAUAAACUAAAGAUUAACGACAGGAAUGAAGACCAUUCUCACGAUGCUUUAAUGCACAUCUUGAACGAAGUCCAAAAGACUUCAUUGAAAGGACAAGAAUUGCACCAGCUUCAUUUGUACAAAGAAUGUCGAGGUGCCCGCAUAAUAGGGAUGACAACAACUGGAAUUGCAAAGUAUAGUUGCCUGUUGAAGCUCAUUCGUCCUUCAGUCGUGAUUAUGGAAGAGGCUGAAAACUCUCCCGAAUGUCAAGUCAUAACUGCUUUAACUGAAUACACGCAGCAAUUGAUUUUUGUUGGUGAAGCCAAGAGGAUUGGUUUUCUCAAAGAUUUGCACUUUGACAUUCCCUGUCGUAAUACAUCACUCUUCGAGAGACUAGUUGAAAAUGACAUCAACAAUAUUCUUCUCAAUGUUCAACAUCGCAUGCAUCCGAACAUUUCUGACUUGGUAAGGGAGACGCUGUACCCAGAUCUCAUUGAUGGAGAUAACGUAAAGAGUUAUCAACCAAUCCGGGGCAUUUCCAAGAAUCUUUUCUGUGUCGUCCUGAAAGGUCUUUCUCCGAAUGAUGAUUCUUUACUUGAGCAAUUUCCUGUUCAAAACCAAGAAAAAUUAUCCAAAGAGAGUUUCCAUGAGAUUCUCUUCUCAUGUUCCUUGGCGAACUAUCUCCGUCAGCAAGGAUACAAAGCUCAUGAGAUAGUAAUCUUUACAACGGGUUCUGAUAAUGAAGUGGAAGCAUUAGAGGCAUUUCUGGUGCUCUUUCCUUUGUUGAAAGAUGUUAGAGUAAAAUCAAUGGAGAAAUUUCAGGGCCAAGAGUGCCGUAUUCUAAUUGUAUCACUUGCAACUACCGACCAGAAUCCAAACAUUGAAUCAAUGAGUAGAGACGAUCGACUUUGCGUCCUUUUGACACGAGCUCAAGAAGGCUUGUAUAUUGUGGGCCAAUUGGAUCUGUAUGUGGAGAUGAAUGAAACAUGGAGAAAAGUUAAAGAGAACUUGGAAUCCAAGGGGUGCAUUGGGCCAAUUCUUUCCAUAAAAUGCGAGAAGCACGGAUGCGAAAUACUUGCAGCUGGAGUUGAGGACUUCCUUAAGUUUUCCCAAGAAGGAUGUCCGACUGGAACGCUUGAUAAGGAAAAUCCUUGUAUUGAAAGUAAUUAAACUUGAAAUGUUGAAAUAUGAAAUUCUAUUGCGAUGAAGUAUAUAAAUGUGAAUUACUGAAAUAAACUGAAAAUUCAUUGUGACCAA